AUGUAUUUUAUGUUGAGCUCUCUUAAGUGGUUGCUCUCGAUCUUUUUGCAGGAGUAGAAAGAUUAUUGCUGGAAAGUUAAUUUAAUUUAAUAGGAGAAAAGUUUUAAAGCAUUUCUUGUUGCUUUACAAGGCUUUAGCGUUUAAAAGGCUAAUUGUAUUUCGAACUCAUAAAAUCUUCAUUUUCAUAAAAAACAUUAAAAGCGAUGUUAUUUUUUUAUUUAUUUAGUAAAUAUGCUUGAGAAUUUUGCAUUUCUUCUGUACUUUGAUUAAGAAAAAACUUAGACUUAUUUUGUGAUGAGUAUGACAAUUAUUUUAAUCUAUUUGAUUCUAAUUUUUAUUAGAAACUCAAAGAUUUGA